GUGGGUCUUGGCUUGGACCAGGCAUUCGUUGGACAUUCCCUCAGUCUCUGCUCGGCCUGUCCUACCUUUGUCCCUGCAUGCCUUGUAGACUGGAGUUUGUAAAGAAUUGUGUUGGUAAUUUUAUGAGAAUUGCAUUGAAUCUGUAGAUUGCUUCUGAUUAUUGAUUUCAGCCCUUAGUUUGACUGUUGCCAUCGACUCUUCUUGGCUUAAGCCUUGUGCUGCCAUUUGAAGAGAACUAAACUGCCAUUUGAAGGAUCAUCUGGACAGUACACACCACUUUGAGAUGGAUCCUCCUAUGUCUAAGUAUUAUGAAAUUUUUGAGGAGUUCCGUGGAGUUCUAAUGGAUAAAAAUUUCACCAAAUAUUGGGAUGAUGUUGAAACAUUCUUGGCGAGGCCAGACGACCUUGUGAUUGCUACUUAUCCUAAAUCUGGAACCACAUGGCUAAGUGAAAUUGUAUAUAUGAUCUAUAAAGGUGAUGUGGAAAAAUGCAAGGAGGAUGCAAUCUUUAACAGAAUACCUUACCUGGAAUGUAGAAAUGAAGACCUAAUAAAUGGAGUGAAACAAUUAAAAGAGAUGGAAUCUCCUAGAAUAGUGAAAACUCACCUGCCAGCCAGUCUUCUUCCAGCAUCAUUUUGGGAAAAGAAUUGCAAGAUGAUCUAUCUUUGCCGGAAUGCCAAGGAUGUGGUGGUUUCUUAUUAUUACUUUUUCCUAAUGAUAACUAGUUAUCCAAACCCUGAUUUUUCAGAAUUUGUGGAGAAAUUUAUGCAAGGACAAGUUCCGUAUGGUUCCUGGUACGAUCAUGUCAGAUCUUGGUGGGAAAAGAGUAAGAAUCCACGAGUGCUAUUUAUGUUCUAUGAGGACAUGAAAGAGGAUAUCAGAAGAGAAGUGAUAAAACUGAUAGAGUUCCUGGGGAAGAAGCCCUCAGCAGAGCUCUUGGACAAAAUCAUUCAACACACCUCAUUCCAGGAGAUGAAGAACAAUCCAUCUACCAAUUAUACAAUGAUGCCAGAGCACAUGAUGAACCAAAAAGUAUCGCCUUUCAUGAGAAAGGGAAUCACGGGAGACUGGAAAAACCACUUCUCAGCAGAGCUAAGGGAGAGAUUCGAUGAGCACUAUGAAGAGCAGAUGAAGGACAGCGCUGUGAAGUUCAGAACAGAGCUCUGAGAUGCUUCCUUUUCUUGCAUCUGAAACUGGAAUGUUCUUCACUUUAUCCUCCAGUUUCUCUUGUUUUGCUUUUCAGUACAAGAGUCUUUUUGAAGGCUGAUGAUUUAAUUUCAUUCUGUCUUUUAAACUUUUACAUCAAUUUAAUUUCUGAAUGAGUUUGACAGCAAAAUCACAUUUCUCUCAUAUAUAAUAUAAGCAUGUGUUCUCUAACAGUGCUCAAAUAUUUCUAAUAAAAAUAAUUUGAUGUCUCCA